CGGUGGUCUGAGCUUUCGCGAACUUCCACUUCCACUUCUGAACAAGGUUGAACUUCGAGACGUGCCGGGCUCCCAGGAAAAAAAGUAUCACGGACAAAAUACAGCGACAACAGCCAGCGAAAACGAAACGCCGUCGUCGUCCCCCCCAUUCUUCGCAUCUCGUUGAGAGGCUGGCCCAAAAUCGUGGGAGAACGGCAGGAAUGCCUCUAGGGAUCUCUUGAUCCUUGAACAUCGAUUUUACUCCUUCCUCCAGUGACGCCACUCCCGGUCUUCUUUCUGCAGUCCAACGCGGACCACCCCUUCGCCAUGUCUAUCCUUUCACGCGUCUCCGACCGUCGCCCAGACCUCUCUUUGGUCAGCGAGGAGGACUUUCCUUACGAACAAGACAUCGUCCGUAACCCCGGCAGCACGAAGCCAUGGCUUGCCUAUAUCGAGUACAAGCUUCAGAAAGGGACGGUCCAGGAGCAGGCAUAUAUCAUGGAGCGCGCCUGUGUGCAACUUCCUCGAUCCUAUAAGCUUUGGAAGAUGUACCUCCGGUUUAGGACGAAGCACGUUUCGAAGCUCAAUGCCGCCAUCUUUGCCUCGGAGUACCAAAAGGUCAACAGCCUCUUUGAGCGGGCCCUCAUUCUCCUCAACAAGAUGCCUAGGAUAUGGGAGAUGUACCUCAAGUUUCUGAUGCAGCAGCCGCUCGUGACACACACACGUCGCACCUUCGAUCGGGCCCUUCGCGCUCUCCCCAUCACGCAACACAAUAGGAUAUGGGCUCUGUAUCGACCCUUCGCCAACUCGGCCGAAGGCGAGACGGCGGUCAAGAUCUGGCGCAGGUACAUGCAGGUUCACCCAGAGGAUGCCGAGGACUUCAUCGAGUUGUUGGUGGCAGUGGGGCUAUAUACGGAAGCCGUGCACAAAUACAUCGAAAUUCUCAACAACCCGCGGUUUACGAGCAAGAACAGCAAGGGACACUACGAACUGUGGAGCGAGAUGGUAGAUUUGUUGGUCGAGCAUGCGACGGCGGUGGAAACGGGGCAUGAGACGGGAAUCGAUGUCGAACGGAUCAUCCGCAGUGGUAUCGAGCGGUUUGCCGACCAGAGGGGUAAGCUGUGGUGCGGCUUGGCGACCUAUUGGAUUCGACGAGGCAGCUUUGAACGCGCACGAGACGUUUUCGAGGAGGGUAUCACAACCGUCAUGACCGUUCGAGACUUCACCCUCGUCUUCGAUUCGUACACGGAGUUUGAGGAGUCCAUCAUCAGCGCUCUGAUGGAGAUGGCAUCGACCCGGGCUGAGAAGGGAGAGGUGGACGAGGUGGCUGAUUUCGAUUUGGAUAUCCGAAUGAUGCGGUUCGAGCAUCUAAUGGACCGCCGGCCCUUCCUCUUGAAUGAUGUCCUACUGAGGCAGAACCCGAACAAUGUUACGGAAUGGGAGAAGCGUGUGGCUCUAUGGGGCGACAACAAGGAGGAAGUUGUCAAGACUUACCUUGAUGCUAUCGAAGCCAUCCAACCAAAGAAGGCAGUGGGUGCGCUCCACCAGCUAUGGACCAAUUACGCCAAAUUCUACGAGGCCGGAGGAGACCUUUCAAGUGCCCGAAGAAUCAUGGAGAAGGCUGUCAAGGUUCCUUACAAGUCCGUGGCAGAGUUGGCAGACAUGUGGAUUGAGUGGGCAGAGAUGGAGCUUCGAAACGAGUGCUUCGACGAGGCCAUGAAAGUCAUGGCAAAGGCAGUACAGGCGCCCAAGAGAUCCACGGUGGACUAUUUCGACGAAACCCUAUCACCACAACAAAGGGUUCACAAGAGCUGGAAGUUGUGGAGUUUCUAUGUCGACCUUGUGGAAAGUGUCAGCUCGUUGGACGAGACCCGCAAGGUGUACGAGAGGAUAUUCGAGCUUCGCAUCGCCACUCCUCAAACAGUAGUCAACUACGCCAACCUGCUGGAGGAGCACAAGUACUUUGAAGAGUCGUUUAAGAUCUACGAGCGCGGUCUCGAUCUCUUCAGCUACCCCGUGGCCUUCGAACUCUGGAACCUGUACCUCACCAAAGCCGUCGACCGCAAGAUCAGUAUCGAGCGCCUCCGCGAUCUCUUUGAGCAAGCCGUCGAGGAUUGCCCACCCAAAUUCGCCAAGGUCAUCUAUCUCAUGUAUGGCAACCUCGAGGAGGAGCGCGGCCUCGCGCGCCACGCCAUGCGCAUCUACGAGCGGGCCACGCGCGCCGUCGCCGACGAGGACCGGGCCGACAUGUUCAACUUCUACAUCACCAAGUCGGCAUCCAACUUCGGUCUGCCCUCGACGCGGCCCAUCUACGAGCGCGCCAUUGCGGCCUUACCCGACGCCGAGGCCCGCGACAUGUGCCUCAAGUUCGCCGACAUGGAGAAGCGGCUGGGCGAGAUCGACCGCGCCCGUGCCAUCUACGGUCACGCCUCGCAGUUUUGCGACCCGCGCACCAACCCGGGCUUCUGGACCAAGUGGGAUCAGUUCGAGGUGCAACACGGCAACGAGGACACUUACAAGGAGAUGCUCCGCAUCAAGAGAAGCGUGCAGGCGCAGUACAACACGGAUGUCAACUUUAUUGCUUCGCAGGCGCUGGCGAGGAGUCAGCAGAAGAGGAUGGAGGAGGAGGCAGCAGGAAACGGAGGAGGAGAGAUGGACGCCGAGGUUGCGGAUGCGAUGGCGCAGUUGGAGAGACAGGCGCGCGCGCCCGUGGGCUUUGUGGCGGCUUCGGAAGGACCAAAGGGCGGUAGCAUGCCGGUUCAGCCUGUUGAGGUUCAUAACCCGGAUGCUAUCGAUCUUGAUGAAAUGGAUGAAUGAUCUAUAUUGGUUCUCUUUGUUUGUCAAUAGCUUUUCAUUUGUUCGUUUUUUAUUCUUUCUCUUUUUUUUCGUCUUUUCUUUUCUUUUCCCUUGGGGUUGGGCCGUUGCGUUGUGUCUCUUCUGGUUUUCACGGCGAGAUUGGCCUCUAUUGUACAUAGACUGGAACACUUAAGUGGGAAGAGGGUCGGUUCCUUAAACAUUUACCACUACAUAAACACAAAUCACCACGGACACUUCCAUUUAUUGUACGGGGCGGGUUGAAGGACAAGGAGCUGGGGAAAUUUCUCUUUUGUUUUUGUUUUCACAUGAACUAUUUAGCGGUUGGUGGUUCGUGGAUCUUGCCAAUGCUUUAGAUUGUACACAGGCUGAUAAGGGAAAGGGGGGAAUAAAGGUUGGGGCUUGGGCGGACAUCGACGAGAACAAAUCUAUAAUUGUUCAGCAAGACGAGCUUUGCACAGCUGAGCAACUUUCCCAGUUUCUUCACGUCUUUAAUAAUCUCAACACAGCAGGCCUGGGUGGUUACAUCUGUGCGUUUCGAAAGUAAAACACUCCCGAUAGCAACCAGCACAUCUGCUACCUUUUGCAUGUGAAGAAGAUCUUGGUUCAUAUCUUAGUGAGGGGAAGUUCCUGAUUCAAAUCAGAAAACGAAUGCCA